UCAAAUAUAAUAAUAAUACAAUAUUGCAAUAUGAUUUGGACUUUGUGGCUUUUUAUAUUCGGAUCUUUUGCUUGUAAAUAUAUACACGCUCAACAACAAAGAAUUCCACCAGGUGUAUCACCCCAACAUUAUCAACAACCUGUUCAACAAGUACAUCAGCAAAUUCCACAACCACAGUUCCAGCAAGUACCAGGACAAGUACCAAUCCAGCAAAUUCCAGUUCAACAAGUACCUGUACAGCAACAUAUGCCAACUCAUCAAGUACCAAUUCACCAACAAGGAGGACAUGGACAUGAACAUUCACAACCAAUACUUAAUGCUGCCAAUAUAGUUCAUGAAAAAGCUCAUAUUGCAGAGCACAUGGAAGUUCCAAUAGAUACUACUAAAAUGACAGAGCAAGAAUUACAGUUCCAUUAUUUUAAAAUGCAUGAUGCAGACAAUAAUAACAAACUAGAUGGUUCUGAGCUCAUAAAAUCUUUAAUUCAUUGGCAUGAACAAGAAAACAACAAAGAGAUAGGUGGAACCAAUCCUGGACAGAAAUUAUUUAGGGAUGAGGAGUUGGUUACUUUAAUAGAUCCAAUACUUUCUUUGGAUGAUAUUAAUAGUGAUGGAUAUAUUGAUUAUCCUGAAUUCAUACAAGCACAACAAAAUGCAGCAGCUACCGGCAGACAGUAGUUGCACACAAUACAAUGUUCAAUAUUAUUAAGUGGUACUUUUAUUUCAUUUGAACAUAAGUACAGUUCCAUUGAUCAUAAUAAUUUUUAUUUAUUAGUAUUGCAAUAAUGGCACUACUUUGCGUAUAAUUAAAAUUAUUUUCAUUUUGUUAAUAUUUUUUCAAAUAAAAAACAAGAUACGAUUUUUUAAAAUAAAUAUAUACAGAUUUUGACAAAAAUGUAAUAAAAUGAAAUAAUUCUUUCGAUAUGCAAUUGAUAAUAUUGGAGAAAAGCGUUACGUAUAAUUUAAACAAAUACUUGAUUUUUUAAAUAAAAUAUAAUUAUUUAUUUAGGUGAAAAUUAUAUUAAGAGUUCAGUUAUCUAUAAAAUAUAAAAAAAUUUUAAAGACUAUUCCUUUGAUAAAUAAACUUUUUUAAAGUUCUAGCUAACUUAAUGUUUUAGUAUUAUUGAAAAUAGUUACAUAGGAGAAAUGUUAAUAAAAAGCAUUUAAAUGCUUCCAUUAUUUUGUUAAUAUUUUAUACAAGUUGUUGGGUUUGGUUAAAUCAAUAGUAACAUACUAUUUAGAAAAAAAAUUAAGUACAGAAAAUGUUUUAUAUACAACACAAUUGUAAUGAUGUAACAAUUUUUAUAUAUUUCCACUGUAUCCAAUAGUAUAGAUUAGUCUAAUUGGAAAUGUACGUGCUACAUGUAUUCUUUGUCUAGAAACGUAUGUUCGUAUGAAAUAAGAAUAAUUCUUUUUUAGAAAUACUUUGAAGAAAUACUUUGAUAUUUAGCUUCUUCGUUAAGGUAUAAAAACGACAUAGUAACAAUUUUUCUUGGAAUAGUUAAUUACUAUAAUCUUGAAAACAAUGAUUCUAUUAUCAAGAAUCAUAUAUACCUUUGUAUUGUAUGGUUGUAAAAGUGAUAUAUAAAUAUAAUUUUGUUAUAA